AUGACGGGUUGUUCGAGGUCACCUUCCUCAAAAGCAGCUCUGGCCGGUUCCUUGUCAUUGAUACCUUCUUCCGCAGAGACCAGCGAAGGGCACGUGCUCGAUUUGCACGACCCCCAAUCGUUCUUGGCUGUCGUCGCGCCACGAGUUCAGGGCGUGAAAUACAAGGUGGAGCACUGGCAAAACGAGUUGUUGAUCACGACGAAUCGCGACGUCAACUUCAAACUCAUGUCGGUGCCACUCCAUAUCGUGUUGGACAAACAAAAGGCGGCAGAUAACUCCCAAUGGACAUCCGUGUUUGCUUAUGAUCCGGCCGUGCAAGUGGCGUCC